UUUUGAAUGCGAUGUUUAGACUCCGUACAGCAAGGUACAUGCAGAGUAAUAACAAACAUGUCAGACAGGCCCUCAGCACCCCCUCUCAGCAUCCUGCAGUCUCCGAUUCCGCCACCCUUCACCACAACCACCCACGGGGAGCGCUCGCACUGCCACACAUAUGGCAGCCUCCCGAGUACCCAGGUGCCCCAUCCCGCCGACAGCCCACUAAGGCAGGGCUGGUUACAUCCAAAUAGAACCCGACGAGCCACUUGCGAGUGGCGCGGCGAGAGCGCCGGUUGAAGGAAGGGCACUAUACUGAAAUCAAAUCACGAGGUCCCCCAAGGACCCCGCCUCCCGCCCCCCAUGCAUCCAAGCAUACCCCAUACUGACAGAGCUUCAGGCCCGCAUCGCCAUGUCCGCCUCGCACGGCCGUGGGGAAAAGGAUCGGGUGGUGCAGUCCGUCAAUGGCGGUCCCGAUUGUCGGAUCGAGUUGGAUGAUGUGACCGUAGGGACAGUGAGGGCCAAGUUAGAUGGUCUUGACAAAGGCAGGAGGGUACAGGAAAGAAAAAUGGCAGACUGGGGCCCAAUGAGCGACAAGCGCCCACGGAGAUAGUGG